AUGUUCUCGGAUCCUGAACGACUUUUUUCUUUGCAGUUGUACACCUGCUUCGAGGACUCCAACUACGUGUACCUGGUUCUCGAGGUGUGCCACAAUGGUGAGCUGCAGGCCUACAUCAGACAAAACGGUCCUGUUUCAGAGGAUGUUGCGCGACACUACAUGAAACAAAUCAUCAGCGGACUUCUGUAUCUUCAUUCGCACAACAUCCUUCACCGAGACCUCACCUUGGCGAACAUUCUGUUGACAAAGGAUAUGAAAGUCAAAAUCGCGGAUUUCGGCUUGGCUACCAAAAUCGAACCGGGAGAAGAGCAUACUACAAUGUGUGGCACGCCCAACUAUAUCUCACCCGAGGUGGCAAGUCGUGGUCAGCAGAUCCUGGAGACAGACGUCUGGUCCCUGGGCUGUAUGCUGUACACCCUUGUUGUCGGCCGGCCACCCUUCGACACACGCGAGGUACGCAGCACCCUGAAUCGUGUCCUUGCAGUCGACUACGAGCUGCCCAGUCGGCUCUCUCCCGACGUGACUGAUCUCAUCUCCGGGCUGUUGCGCCGUCUGCCGCAGGAUCGCAUCAAAUUGACCGCCAUGCUCAAACAUCCCUUCAUGACCAAGAGCUCGGCUAAUCGUCACAAAGUAGUGAGUUUGAUUUUCGCCAUUCUUGCCUCUCUGGAGAACUCUGGGGACAGUGGGAUCGACUCGAUGACUCGCACACCUCUUGGUUAUCGUACCUCCUCAACUAGUCUCUCGGACUCAAACCGACCUAUCUUGCCACCGCGACCGGGUUCAACAGCGCAAGUAACUGCCGGUGAUGCUACUGCCUCGCGAGUUCCCACCGAGGCCUUACGGGACCUG